AUGGCCGAGGCCGCCGCCGUGACGCCGCACGUGGUCGUGUUCGCCGACCUGAGCCCGAGGGCGAAGGUGCAGUACACGCGCUUCCUGAUCGAGAACGACGUGAAGUUCCACCAGCGCUCUUCGGACAAUCGCUUCGUGGCGAACAUCCGCCUAGUGAGGCCACCACUGACCGAUUCAAACGGAGACAAGGAUCCCGGCAACCAGGUCUUGGACGAGGAGGAAGAUGAGGACACAGAUCCAGUCGACAAGCGCCUGGCAGCAGUGCCCGAGGCCCUUCGUGCGUACGCGAACCUCAUCUUCCUGAUCGGAGAGAGGCCAGCAAGAUCUGUCGCUGACCCAGGCACGUACGUCAAGGAGAUCAGGCUGGUGCGCUUCAUCAACGAAGUGUACGACGCUCGGUAUGAAGAUCUGUCCGCGUCGUGCAUGAACAGUUGCGGCAGUUUCGCCAAGUUCAUUCGGCACUAUCUCACGAAUCGCUUCGGCCUCAAGCGUUUGGUGGACCAGCAGGCAUGGGAUCUCAUCGAAGGACUCAACGCUCUCCAGCACUUCAUGCACGCGAUGAAGGCCUUUUUAAGUUGCGACUCGAGCGUCGUGAGGGCGAGCACUCCGUCGCGGCUGGUGGAUGCCAACGAGUUUCUCUUCAUUGCUACGGAGACGUACCACAAAUCGAGUGGCGCGUCAUUCUCCAGCACUGUGGGUCGUGAAUAUGCAGUUGGUGACGUCCUCUGCGCAAGUCCGAAGAAGUCGCGGGCCACCACGCCGUCGGCGUUCGACAAGUUCCAGGCAACAGCGUUCAGGCCUGCAGUGCUAUCGGAGCCGACUGCAAUAAGGCAAGAUUCGUUUUACCAGCCUCCAGACACGCCAUCAAGUACUGGAGCUGCCGUGCUCGAUGAAAACAGCGAUAACGACGACGAGGCGCAGUUGCAGUCGAGGCUGGGCUCUUUGCUGGAGCGGGUGAAGAAGCGUCAACAAGUGAGCGGGUCGUGA